UAUAUUCAAAAUCGAUACUCGUCCACCUCUAUCAUAUUGGUAACAAAGACCAAAUUUCGCAUUCCUGUGAAGAUUCUAACCAUAGCUCACAUUUCGGCGAAAUGGGGCGUAGUAAGUUUGCUUCGCCUAAAAAGGUAAUGCAACACGGAGACUUCAUAAAACGGAUACGGAAAACUCUGUACUAUGGCGUGGAAACUGCGGACACUGACAUGAAGGUUGUUCCAUCUCCCCUCGCUGAGUACGCAUCUGAGAUAUUUUCUGAACCACAUCGAGGACACUCUUUGCACCGCCUGAGUUGUGUGGCCGCUGGUAAAAUUCAGGCGACGCCAUGUUCUUUAAUUAUGGCUCUUAUUUACCUGGACCGCUUGAAUACGAUAGAUCCGGGCUAUAGCUGCCGCAUUACUCCCCAGGAGUUGUUCGUUGUGUCGCUGAUGAUUUCUACAAAGUUUUAUGCUGGCCACGAUGAACAGUUCUAUAUGGAAGAUUGGGCUAAGGAGGGAAACAUGACAGAAGACAGGCUGAAGAAAAUGGAAUUAGAAUUUCUCUGCGCUAUAGACUGGAAUAUAUAUGUUUCUAACGAACACUUCUUUGCAAAAUUGAACAGUGUGGAAAGAACGCUGGCGGAGAGAGAGGGAUUACGUCGCGGCUGGCUGACGUAUAGUGAGCUUAUCCAACUGCUUCCCAGCUUUGAGUGGACGAAGUUCCUGGCAAACAGCUUUUCCGUUCUGGCGCUGAGCUAUGCAGCAAGUGUUAUAACAUUAGCGAGUGCUUUUUUUAUAGCCAGCCAGGUUCCUGGCACUAUGUGGCACCGCCGACCAGUUACGGCUUCAGCUCCGGUACCCACUUUGACUCUUGAGGAGGCAUCAGCUCCGUCAGCGGUCUCAAAUUCAUCGCAACAGCGAGCGGCUAAUACUAACGAUAACGUCUCCGCUCAUUCGGGCAUGGAAAACUGGGAUGCACUGAACGUAAAAGAGGAACUGUUGAGACAUGAACGGCUGUAUUGCACCCAGACAAUACCAAAUGAGACUGAGUACACGCGCCGAUUAAUCAAAUCCUCUGUACCAUAUUUACCGUUAACAAGAAACUAUUCCGAUAGCGAAUUGUUUUCUUUACAGGACAGCCCUCAAAACUACUGGCUCAACAUUAAAUCACAGUAUAGCAGCGAUUCUUUGAAGGAAAAUUUAAAUUAUUUGAUAGCUAAUAGUAACCGAAUCUUGUUGAACAUACGCUGCCAGCAAACAAGGAACGCUUCUGUGUUUUGGCAAUUGCUUACCGAUGCAGUGACCAAUUCAUUAUUGGUGUUCAUUUAAAAUAGUUGACCUAUUGUAUUGCACAUCUUAACACACAAAUAAAGAUUCAAAUGACUCGGCGUGCUGUAAUAAAUUUUAAACGAACGUUUUUAAACAUACCUCUUUAAAGCUAA